AUGCACGAAAUGCUGGCUGGUUCAGAUCCCACACUGCAAUUCAGGCCUGUGUCAUACACAUGUGCUUUCUCGCCCGUUGAGUUUGACGAACUGCCUUUAUUUCUUCCAGUGAUUGGCAGCGGUGACGAUAGUGACGAUGAGAAUUGCCACGCAGAUGGUAACUCCAGGGGCAAUCCACCUGAGUGCAAUAAGACCUUCGAGCAUAAAGAGCACCUGAAGCGAUAA